CGCCCGUACAAUGUCUCAACACAACCGCAGCGACAGCUCACAAAACUAUCAAACGCCUCCUGUUUCAUAAAAGCUUGCCAUUGAUCUCCACAUGUUUAUACAGUCAUAGGACUUCUGUAGCAACUGCUCUGCGCCAAUGACCGGGCCCAUACCUACGAUAUCGACAAGUGAUCAGAUGUCUAUCCCCUGCGGUUGUCGAAGUAUAAACAUCUACGCCUCAUUCUGAGAUAAAACAUGAAGUUUAACCAAGCAAUCGUCGGAUUUGUUUUUGGAAUUGGAUGUUGUGUAGUUUUAUACACGGCAAUGAGGAAUGGGAACCGAUCACCAUCUUGGGUUCUUCAUUCUGAAACAAAUAAUGCUGGACCACUCAAGCAAAUCCGCCAGCAGGGACAGAUCGUUCUACCGGAUAAGGAUGGCAUCGCGAAGAUGACCGUCAGUGAAGCGUUCAGAACGUACCACAGUUACCUUGACAACACAGAUACGUUGUGCAACCGGAAGCUGCGCAUGGGCAAACUGGGGGAUGGUGGCUGGGAGAUCUGUGACGACCCUGGUUACCGCCCAGUAAAGAAUUGUAUCGUGUACUCGUUUGGAAUCAACAACGAUUUUUCCUUUGACGAUGACACGGCCAAAAAUUAUGAGUGCAAUGUUUUUGCCUUUGAUCCAAGUAUGAACCAGGCCAGUUACCAGAGGUCGCCGCGUGUCCGGUUUUUGAGGAUAGGCAUUGAUGGAAGGGACUACAAAAGGGCAGCUUGGGACAUGCGGACAUUGACGAGUAUGAAGCUAAUGUUGAACCACACCGGGAGAGUCAUUGAUGUCUUGAAGAUGGAUGUGGAAAGUUCAGAAUGGCCUUCAAUCCCCAACAUGGUGUCAUCAGGCGAACUGUCCAAAGUCAGACAGUUUCUCGUGGAAUAUCACGGAUCUUGUAGCGAAAGGAAUGACUGCAUCAACAGACUGAAAAUAUUGAAAGACGUCCAUGAUGCAGGAUUCAGGAAAUUUUAUGUCCACAAAAAUCAUCACUGUGGCUUUACAAAUAAUUUCUUUCCUGUCGUGAGGACACUUUGCUAUGAGAUUCAUUACGUGAACAUCAACCGUAUGUGAGUAUUAACAGAUCUCGGGAUUUUCAGACAAACAGGUUUUGGGCCGUAUCAGUAUUUUCAUUGCUCCUGGGUUGUCCAUAGUUCAGAUUAUUUCACUUAGACAUUACCUGAGAUCACUAUCAGAACUGUCUUGAAGUACAUAUAUAAUGACCUAUGCCAAGAAUGUCACACGCUAAAUGCUUUUUUGGCAAAUCAUCUUGGUUUGCAAAAAACAUGAUCCUGUGGUUUCCCAGGUAGCCCGGGCUUUGUUUGUCAGAACAUCGUCAUCAUUAAGGAUGUAUUGUGGGGCGGUGGGGUAGCCUAGUGGUUAAAGCGUUCGCUCGUCACGCCGAAGACCUGGGUUCGAU